GGUCUCCGAGCUGAAGCUAUCGUUCUCACUCUCGUCUCAUCGUUGUCUUCGAAACCCUAGUUUUCUCGGCAUUCGAAUUGCUCAUCAAAGUCACACAAACGAGCUUGAUCUCCGGCAGUCGUCGAUCCGCAGUUUCGAGUUUUUGGUCUUGGUUUGAAUGGAGCAUAGAAGAGGGGGCUCAGUGACGAUGUCGCCUUCGGUCACUCCUAAAUCGAGUGAGAAAUGGGGAAGGGAUCUCCGAUCCACUGAGAAUGGGAGUGCGAGCAAGCAUGACAAGGAUAAGGGGGUCAAUAUCCAGGUCCUUCUUCGAUGCAGACCCUUGAGCGAGGAUGAGUUGAGGGUGAACACACCGGUAGUCAUCUCUUGCAAUGAGCUACGGCGAGAGGUCACAGCCAUCCAGAACAUUGCCAACAAGCAGAUUGACAGGACCUUUGCUUUUGAUAAGGUCUUUGGGCCAACAUCUCAACAGAAGGAUUUGUUUGAUGCCGCUGUUUCUCCGGUGGUGAAUGAGGUCCUUGAGGGUUACAAUUGCACCAUUUUUGCUUACGGUCAGACAGGGACUGGAAAAACUUAUACUAUGGAAGGAGGAGGGAGGAAGAUGAAGAAUGGAAAACUCCCCAGUGAUGCCGGUGUUAUUCCGAGGGCUGUUCAGCGAAUAUUUGAUAUACUUGAGGCACAGAGUGCUGAUUACAAUAUGAAGGUUACAUUUCUUGAACUGUACAAUGAGGAGAUAACUGAUCUUUUGGCAAUGGAAGAGUCGAAAUUGCCUGAUGACAAGUCUAGGAAACCAAUAGCUCUCAUGGAGGACGGGAAGGGUGGUGUGCUUGUGAGAGGACUGGAGGAGGAGAUAGUUAGCUCCGCUGGAGAGAUCUAUAAGAUUCUGGAUAAAGGGUCUGCAAAAAGGCGCACUGCAGAAACUCUGCUUAAUAAGCAGAGUAGCCGAUCACACUCAAUAUUUUCCAUCACAAUUCACAUUAAGGAGUGUACACCUGAGGGAGAGGAGAUGAUCAGAUGUGGCAAGCUUAAUCUUGUGGAUCUUGCUGGCUCAGAGAACAUAUCAAGAUCAGGUGCUAAAGAGGGCAGAGCAAGGGAAGCAGGAGAGAUUAAUAAGAGCUUGCUUACACUUGGUCGUAUCAUAAAUGCUCUUGUUGAGCACUCUUGCCACAUUCCUUACAGGGAUAGCAAGUUGACUAGAUUGCUGAGGGAUUCCUUGGGAGGGAAAACAAAGACUUGCAUUAUUGCUACCAUAUCUCCCUCCAUCUACUGUCUGGAAGAGACCCUGAGCACAUUAGAUUAUGCACAUCGUGCCAAAAAUAUUAAGAAUAAACCAGAGAUAAACCAGAAGAUGAUGAAAUCUGCCCUGAUGAAGGAUUUGUACUCUGAAAUUGACCGCCUUAAACAAGAGGUUUAUGCUGCAAGAGAGAAAAAUGGGGUGUACAUACCACGGGAUCAUUAUCUGCUUGAAGAAGCUGAAAAGAAGGCCAUGGCAGAGAAAAUGGAGCGCUUGGAACUUGAUCUGGAAUCCAAGGAGAAGAAAUUGAUUGGGGUAGAAGAGCUCUAUGAUUCUCAGCUAUUGUUAACUUCUGAGUUGAGCGGCAAACUGGAAAAGUCCCAGAAAAAGCUGGAAGUCACAGAACAUGCAUUGUGCGACUUAGAAGGAAGAUAUAAACAGGCAAAUUCCUUGAUUAAAGAAAAGGAAUAUUUAAUAUCUAAUCUCCUAAAAUCAGAGAAAGCCCUUGUGGAACGUACAUAUGAUCUUCGAUCUGAGCUGGAGAAAACUGCAUCUGAUGUUUCAGGCUUAUUUUCUAAAAUUGAGCGUAAAGAUAAGAUAGAGGAUGGAAACAAGAUUCUCGUUCAGAAAUUCCAGUCUCAGUUGAUUCGGCAGCUGGAUAUGCUUCAUAAAACUGUCUCAGAUUCUGUAAUGCAACAUGAGACCCAUCUACAAGAAAUGGAAGAAGAAAUGAGAUCUUUUGUAUCUACAAAAUCUGAGGCUACAGAAGAGCUUAGAGGGAGGGUCAAAAAACUGCAAAUUAUGUUCUGUUCUGGCAUUAGAACGUUGGAUGAUUUAGCCAGUGAACUUGACAAGAAAUCUCAAUCAACUUGUGAGAAACUGAACUCUCAAGUGAACUUGCAUUUCUCUGCACUUGAUGAUUCCUUUAAGGACAUUGUUGCAGAAGCUGGACAGUUAAUUAAUGAACUUCAAAAUGGCCUCAUUAAGCAAGAAGAUAAAUUGUCUGCUUUUGCACAGCGGCAACAAGAGGGGCAUCUCAGAGCCAUGGAAACAACGCGAUCUAUUGCAAAGAUUGUGACUGGUUUCUUCCAUACUUUAGAUGUACAUGAUUCUAAUUUGAACAAAAUAUUGAAGGAAACACAAGUCAUACAUGAUCAGCAACUCUCUCAGCUUGAGAAGAGAUUUGAGGAGUGUGCUGCUAAUGAAGAAAGGCAGCUGCUUGAGAAAGUAGCGGAGAUGCUAGCUGGUUCAAAUGCCAGGAAGAAAAUACUGGUACAAACAACAGUUGAUGGUCUUCGAGAGGCUGCUGCUGAGAGAACAAGUAGUCUACAGAAAGAAAUGUCCACUGCCCGGGAAUUUACUUUAUCAGCCAAAGAACAAUGGGCUGUUCACAUGAAAGAAACAGAAAAUAACUAUAAAGACAAUACAGCAGCGGUGGAAAGCAGCAAAUGCUCCAUGGAAGAAGGUUUUAGGCACUGCCUGGCUAAAGCAAGAAUGGGAUCAGAACAAUGGCAAAAUGCUCAAAGUGCUCUGGUUAGCCUUGGGAAAGAAAAUCUAUCAUCUGUAGAAUCCAUUAUCAGGAGUGCAACAGAAGACAAUCAACAAUUACAUUCAAGAUUAUCAUCUGCAGUCUCAACUACUCUCGAAGAUGUUGAUGUUGCAAACAAAGCCAUCCUCUCCUCCAUUGAAUGUUCUCUGAAACUCGAUCAUGAUGCAUGUGCCAAUGUCGAUUUCAUAAUUGCCCCUGCUCGCGAGCAGUUGAGGGAAUUGAAAGUUGGCCAUAAUCACAAGAUCAUGGAGCUUUCUGAGAAUGCAGGGAAAUGUUUGGUUGAUGAUUACAUGGUGGAUGAACCAACUUGUUCAACCCCAAAGAAAAGAGGAAUCAAUCUGCCCAGCAUGACAUCUAUAGAGGAAUUAAUAACUCCACCCUUUGAAGAGCUAUUGAAGUCAUUUUGGGAAGCUAAGUCUCCUUCCAAGCCAGCCAAUGGAGAUGCAAAGCAUUAUUUGCAUACUAAUGACACCUCAAGGCCACCUCUUAGUGCCAUAAAUUAAAGAAACAGAGGUAAAAGUAAAUGGUAAAAAUCUCAUGCAGUAUAUAUAUAUAUAUAUUUUAUAUAUACAUGAUGUAUCUUUCAAUUGAUUCAUUAUAUUCCAAUUAUUUUGUGAAAAUUACCACUCCAUGCGUGGCUGUGUGAAAUGUAAACUAUAUAUUACCUAGUUCUAAACUCUCUUAUAUA